AUGAGAGAAGAAUUAAGAAGCUGUAGCGCUGCAUCAUCCGGACGGAAGAGAAAAUAUGACGAGGUUGAAUUGGCAAAGAAAGAGAAUUUGAUAGAAAAAAACAGUAUACUCAUAAAAAAUAAGAAUAAUAAAGAAAAAAAAAGAUCAAUUAGCUUGUCUAAUGUUUUUUUCAGUGCAAAUGAUUUUGAUAAGUACAAUGAUUCUUUUAAGUUAGUUCGAAGCGAUACAAUUGACAAGGAGGGAAGAAAAUUCGUUGAGACAAAAGAAGCAUGUUUAACUGAUAGGAAGGAAGAUGUAGGACGUGAAAGUUGGAGAAGCAGUGGAAGUGAGAGAAGAAGUGGAAGUGAGAGAAGAAGUGGAAGUGAGAGAAGAAAUGGAAGUGAGAGAAGAAGUGGAAGUGAGAGAAGAAGUGGAAGUGAGAGAAGAAGUGGAAACGAAGGGGAGGAUGUCCCAUCGAAGAAUCCCCCACAUGAGAAGCCUUUUCAUAUCAAGCGUUUCAGAAAACUUCUGCUUCGGAAAGCGGUGUUAUACAAAAUUAGAUGCCUGAAUCAUAACUCUACUUGGUUGAUGGAACUGUCGAAGGGAAAAGGAAAAGGAAAAAGAACCCGUGAAUUGUUCAGUGACUCAUUAUUUAUAAACCCAUUUCCUACUUACAAAAAUGUGAUGCUUUUAUUUUACGGUGAAAAAUAUAAAGAAGCUUAUAUAAUGCUAAGUAGAAUUUCUGUCUAUUCUUUUUCUUCAUUGGAAGAAGAAAAUGUAUUAAGAGAUAAUUAUUUUGAAAAAAAAAAAAAACAUAGUUUACAUUUCCUUGUUAGUUCGUUAAUGUCUGUUCAGAAAAAUUGUUCGUAUUUGGGAAAAAAAAGUAUUUUAAAAAAAAAAGAUAAAAAAAUUAGAAAUUCGAAAAAACGAUCAAAUGAGAACUUUUUUUUCAGUUCUCAGAAAAGUGAAAUGGGAAAUGAGAAAGUUAUUAAUAAAGGGAAUACACUACGAAGAUAUAUUCAAAAUGCAAAAAAAAAAAAAAAAGAAGAAGAAAGAGAAAGAGAAAGAAAAAGAAAAAGAAAAAGAAGAAAAAAAAGAAUAUUUGUUAUAAAAUGCAAAUUUAGUAGAUAUGAAAAUUAUGUGAAUAGGUGGUGUAAUACGUUUCUUAAAAAAGACCCAUUUUUGGUAAAGGAUAGGAUUAAAGGGGGAAAUAAAAAAAUGAAAGAUUUUCCAUGUCUUUCGAAAAAUAAUAAUUUUCUUAUUACCACUUGUGGUAACGACUCCAGCAUAUGUGAUGAAUCCAGCGAAUUAAAAGUUAGAAAUAAUUACGAAAGAAUUUCAGAUUGUGGAAAUAUGAAAAAAUGUAAUUAUAACUUUUCUUUACAAGAACAAGAGGAAAGAGUUGAAGGAAGAGAAAGUUUAAAUAUUCUAGAUGGAGAAAAAACUGGAGUGUCGUCAGAUCAGCCAAGUGACAAAAACAAUGAUAAGACAAAAUAUAAUUGCUUCUUAAGUGAGAAAAAAAAUGCAAAUAAAAGUGUAAAAAAAAAAAGUAAUGUAAAUAUCAAUUUUUUAAUUUUUUUUAAAGUAUUUUGUCUAUAUAUGUAUGGCAAUUCUUUUGCUGCUAAUAGAAUAUUUAAAAUGGGUGGUAGCAGCUGCGAUAAAAUAUGCACAAGUCAUAUGGAUACAAACGAAUUGACAAAUAUGAACGAAACAGUGAAUAUUGUAAAUUCAUUGAAAGAAGAAAUACUAAUGUACAUCGUCAAGUAUCUACGCAGAGUCCAAAAAAAGUUUAAACUUGACACGUACCUUUGUCUGCUACUAAGUGUAGUUUAUUACGAUUUAAAAAUAUAUCAUAAAAGUUUAUUGUACAUAAAAAAAAGCAUAAGGCGUGAUUACUUCAACUUCGUUUCGUGGAUUUUUUUUAACAAGUUAAUAUCGAUAGAGCUGUUUACUUCUGAGAGAUCAAAUGAAAAGGAAUUGAAAAGAAACAAAAUCGAGAAAUUAAAGAGAAAAUCUAAAAGGCGUAACCGUAACCGAUCAUAUGGCAAUAGGAAUAAAACUAUUUCGUUGGAAAAAAAGCAAUUUUAUAAAAAUUCUAAAAAACUAAAAAAACUAUGCAUCGGUUUAUUUCAAAAUGAAUAUUUUCAAGGGGGAAAAUUGAAUUUCCUAGAUGUAGAGAAAAAUUAUUCAAAAUAUAUCUCUAUGAACCCGUUUAAAAACUCGAAUGAGUCUUUUUUUUUUAAGAACAGCUAUUUUGUAAGAAGCGUUUUUCGCAUGGAAAAAAAAGGAAGUCAGAUGAAAAAUGGAAAUUUUUCAAAAAAAAAAGAAUUCCAAAAAAGAGCAAAAUUUUUAAAAAAAAAGACACAUUUUACAUUUUUUGAAAGGUAUCAAGGGUACAUAAAAAAGUAUAAUUUCAAAAAUAACCUCCUGUCAUUAUUUGGGUUUGCCCAUUUUUGUUCUCUAAAUUUUUCUCUCUACAAGGAUGCUAUAAAAGCAUAUGAAUAUUUAAAAGAACAAUUUCCGAACAAUUUUUACGUGACCUGUGAACUAGCUAAAUUAUAUUAUCAUUACGGAAGAACUAGAAAAAGUAUGAAAUGCUUUAACAAAAUGAAUCGCAUCUACAACAGAAACAGAGUUUUGAAGAAAUAUAUGAUCCACCGAUGUUGUAUCCGGUACUUAGAGAGAAGACAAAGAAGAAAGGAGAAGUGUAAUGAUCAUAUUUUUCCGUGCGUUCAGGUAAUAAAUGCGAAGAGAUGUAGGCACAUGCAAAUUAUCAUUCUACCUGAAUUUUUUUCCAAUAGGUUUAUUUAUGUUGAGUUAUUGGUGAACAUGCUGGUUUGCAAGAAGGACAACUCAGCAUUGUUCAUUUUACUUCACGAUUAUGAAAAUGCAUUGCGGAAUUUAGUAGAUGGUAGAGAUAGACAAAACGAGGAUAGAAGAAUAAAAUAUGAUUCAAAUUUUUAUUACAUGAUCGGGAAAUACUUUUCGUUCUGCCGUAUGAGGAAGAGAUCCAUUAGUUGCUUCAAGAAAGGAAUUCAAAAGGAUAGGAAGCACUUGUACUCUUAUAUGGCAUUGGCUCAAGAAUAUUUUUCAUGUGGAAAUAUGAACAGUUGUGUGUUCAUAUUAGAAAAGGUUAUUAGUUUAUAUUUUAAUAAUCCCAGUGCUUGGUUUAGCUUAGCAAAAUGCUUAGAAUAUAUGAAGAAUUAUCGCUUUUCCAUAUUUUGUUAUGAACAAGCUAUAAAUUUAGAGGAGAAUACCAUUUUUUACUACCACUUAUCGGAUAUAUAUUUGAAAAUGGGAGAAGUGAACACUUGUAUAGAAACACUAAAAAAGGGAUGGGAAUUUAAAAAAGGUGUUUUAUUUUCGUCUGAAUUGUUUUAUAUAUAUUUAUCAAUAUUUAAAGCACAAAAUGGGGAUUUGUCAUUUAUGGGCAAAGUGCAGGAAGGAAAUACCACAAGCUACAUUGAAAAGAAUAUGAAUAAAAAUAAUUUUUUAACAUUUUACGGAAAAAAUAAUGAAUGUCUUAAGUGGUGUGUUAAAUACUUAAAAUGUUGCUUAAAUAGAAUGAAGAUAAUGAGAACAUUAAAUAAAGAAGAAGGAUUUUCUUUUAUUCGUAAAAUGCAAGUUGAAGAAAAGCGGAAAUGCUGCCAUUUUGAUGAGACACGAUUUUCUUCUAAUGAGAAUCAUGGUGAUUGCGAAGAGUAUAUUAACAAUUUUUUUUUUAAGAACUUUAAAAUGAUAUGUGGAAAAAAUACAAGUUAUUUUUGUUUUAUUAACUUUUUGAGAAACUCUUCUACGAUUUUAUUUGAAGCCAUUUAUUUCUUGGCAAAUUAUUUCUUUUUCAAUAAAAAAUUUUACAAUUCGCUCAAGUUGUUUGAAAUUUUGUGGGAUGCAGGAUGGAUGUAUUCGGAGGACUCGUUCAGAAUGUAUAGGUACGCUAAGAGCGUGUUACACAAAUUAAAGGAUGAUGCAUGCGAUUUUUCUAAGUGA